AUGACUAAGGACGGCGCUGUUUUUGUCAAGGGUAAGAUCAAGGGAGAGGUCAAUUUCCCGCCAUUUGAGCGUUUGGAUGAGGAGACCAUACGCGAGGUCGAAAAAUUCCAGGUUCAUCCCCUUGGCAAGAUCCAGGAAUACUCCCGCCAUAUUCCUUAUAACAGCGAGAAGAAAAGCUUCCUGGAGAAGACAGGUCGAGAGAGUUUCGAAGUCUUCCAGUACACUUUUAAAGUUCCUGGAGACGAGAAGGAUUACAUCGUGAUGUGGGAUUAUAAUAUCGGCCUCGUUCGCAUCACCCCAUUCUUCAAAUGCUGCAAAUACUCCAAGACAACCCCAGCAAAAAUGCUCAACCUGAAUCCUGGCCUUAAGGAGAUCACCCACAGCAUCACAGGAGGUGCACUCGCAGCGCAAGGCUACUGGAUGCCCUACUCCUGCGCCCUCGCAGUAUGUACAACCUUCUGCGCCCACAUCGCACCAGCCUUGAUUCCCAUCUUCGGCCCAACUUUCCCCUCGCAAUGCGUGUCCCCCGAAGCCCCCGAACACGGUCGCAUGAUCAUCGACCCCCAGCUCGUAAACGAUGCCACCGCAGAAGCCGAAAACUACCGCCUGCAAUACAGCACAUUCUCCCCAAAACCUUCCUCCGCUCGCGAGUCCUACUCUCCAUCACGCUCCAUCCGCUCAGACCGCAUACCCGAGCCGCUCUCCAUGCGCAGCACACCUCCUCACCUAGGCCGGCGCCUCCGCCUCAAGCGCGCCUUCGGUGACAGCGCCAGCCCCUACACACUCACAGAAACAGACAUGGACACCAACGGCAGCGAGACCUCCAGCGGCGAUGGCGGUGGUUACUUCCACAGCCCCGUUACGCCCGGCAGCACAAACAGUGCUGGCCAAGUCCCAAGCUGGCAAACGCACAACAUGCUCUCGCACUCCGCCGACUCCUCCAUCAACACCUCUCCGGCUUUCAAAUGCGGAAGUGGAGGUGCGGGACCGAAUCCUAUCCUCAGCGCGAUCCCGAGGUCGAGUGGGCUGGUUGAUAUGCCGAUUGCGAGCUGGCGGGGUAAGCGACGCGUUGAGGAGGUCGAUGCCGAUGAUGAGUAUGAUGGCGAAGAGUCUGCAAGUGUUACGGAUGAGAAGGGGAGCUUGGAUGAGAAAGUCGGCGGCAGUGAUAAAGAGAUGGAGGAUGUUUCUGCGGGUAGGGUUGGUGCGGGCGGUGGUGCGGCGGAGAAGAAGGCGGCGUGGCUGUUGAUGAGGCUUAGUGUUAAGGAUGGCGAGACGGCGUGUGGUGCUGAGAUGCAGGAGAAGGAGGGUGACGGACCGCGGAUCAAGAGGAGGAGGGCGACGAGUAUGUGA